UGACGCAAUGGAGUUCAAGGUUGACUGCAGCUGCGUAGUGAACAUAUGAUCAAGGAAUACAAACAGCACGCUGUCAAUGGGCACGAACCAGCAUUUGUGAGGAGUGGCAGGAUGUUUCGUGGUUUCUUUGUGAAGACAGUUAGCUUUGUUGGUUACACCGUCCAGUAUGGCUGCAUCGCUCACUGUGCCUUUGAGUAUAUUGGUGAAUUUGUGUCGUGUUCAGGACCGUCCAUGGAACCCACCAUCACUAACCACAAUGUGGUUUUCUCAGAACGAGUAAGCCGUCACCUCUGUCGAAUACAAAAAGGGGAUAUUGUAAUAGCCAAAAGUCCUUUUGAUCCGAAGAUGAACAUCUGUAAAAGAGUGAUCGGACUGGAGGGGGACAAAGUCUGCACCAGUGGACCAUCUGAUAUCUUUAAAACACACACUUACGGUUGUCAACAUUUGUGUCUGGUCACAGUAUGGUGUGAAGUCUCGCAUGCUUGGCUGACAGAUAGGACAAAAGCUUCGCUUCUGAACAGCAGAUGACGACAGGCUGAGAUUUCUUGUGGAUGGGAUCAAACAUAUGUUUUCAUGCUAAUGAGAGUCGACUGCAAGACGAAUACACGCUGACAUAUGUUUAUAAUCACGGUUCUUUUCGCAUUUGUCAAUGAUGAGUUUGUUACCAAUACAGAAGGUCAGCAAAUCGUUUUGUAAGUCAUGUUUGUUUUUGUUUUUCACACGUUGAAGCAUGAAACGGCUUUGUUAGAUAUCUGGCGUGACCGUAAGUACGCUUUCUUAACAGUUGAGCACAUAAAAUCCUACUGUGUGGAAAUCUUCAUAUGAUUAUAUGGGGG